AUUUUCCGCUCCGAUUUCUUUCUCUCGACUUCGGCGGUUUUGUUCGCUGCGUAGCUACGAAAGGGUUCGAUUUAGCGUCAACUGUCGAUCUGCACCUCGGCUUUGAUGGCAUUUUUUCUUUCCUAUAGUACCCCCGCCACUCUUUGAAAAUUCCACCUAAAAGGAAAAAACGAUCCACCCCAAAUAUUGGGUUUUAUUCUCACGUGUACAAUUACUACCCAGAGGGCUUAGGGGCGGCUCUCCGCCGAGAGCCGUUCGACUUCAACGCUGAGCCACCUUGGGAUCCUAGCUGAUAGUGGGGGAGCUCCAUCUCCUAACUCGUCCAUCAGAACAGUUGAGAUGAAGGGACUAGCUGACGAACCAAACUACUCCGUCGCCCUGCUGGAGGGAACCACGGCCCUCAGCGACGUGGUUGAGAAUCACAUUUAUGAACAAACACUGGCUGAGAAGAAUGCGUUCUUCGUGGCAGACUUGGGGGUCCUUAUGAGGCAACAUGUUCGCUGGCGAACCCACAUGCCCCAGAUGCGUCCCUUCUACGCUGUCCAAGCCAACAGUAGCCUGGCUGUCAUUGAGAUCCUAGCUGCUCUCGGCACUGGCUUCAUCUGCACCAACAAGUAUGAGUUGGAGCUUGUGCAGGGCAGUGGCGUUCUCUCUGAAGACAUUAUUUACAGCGGUGUGUGUAAGCAGCUCUCCCAGAUCAAGUACGCAGCUAAGAACGGCAUCGACUUCCUGGUGUGUGACAACGAGGCCGAGCUACGCAAGAUCGCUCGCUGCCAUCCCCGUGCCAAACUGCUGCUGCAAGUGGCCACAGAGGCUUCCAGCGAGGGUGAGGAGAUGGGCAUGACGUUUGGCUCCAAGCUGAAGGACUGCAGACACCUGCUGGAGAGUGCCAAGGAGCUAGGCCUGCAGGUGGUGGGGGUCAGGUUCCACAUUCCCAGCUCCUGUGACGACCCUCAGGCCUACAAUCAUGCAGUGUCUGACGCUCGCUGUGUCUUUGACAUGGGGGAGGAUAUUGGCUUCAGUAUGACAAUCCUGGAUAUUGGAGGUGGAUUCAGCGGCUCAGAGACUCAGCUGAAACAGAUUAACAGUGCAGUCAGGCCGUUGUUGGACCUGUACUUCCCUGCAUCGUCUGGCGUCUCCAUCAUGGCAGAGCCUGGCAGUUACUACGUGUCCUCCUCCUUCACCCUGGCUGUCAACAUCAUCGCUAAGGAAGUAGGCGCCCGGGAUCUUCAUGGCAAUCACGAUGAACCAUCUCCCAACGAUGAGCCAGAGUUCCUGUACUACAUGAACGAUGGGGUGUACGGCUCUUUCACUGGCAAGCUAGCAGACAAUGUGAUUCCAGCCCCGGCUCUGCCUAAGAGCGGUGGGUCCGAGGAACCGGUGUUUGCCAGCAGUCUGUGGGGUCCGUCGGGUGAUGAGCUGGACCAGGUGGUGGAUCAGUGUCUGCUGCCAGAGCUCAGUGUGGGAGACUGGCUGAUCUUCAACAAUGCUGGGGCUUAUAGCCUGGGCCCUCCGUCCACUUUCACAAAUUCACCCAGACCCCCCGUCUACUACACCAUCUCUACUGGAGACUGGUUUGAGAUGCAGGACGCUGGUAUCACACAGGACAUCAGCAUGAAGAACUUCUCUCUGGUCCCCUGCUUCCUCCACUCCGGCCAAUCAGACGAAGCCCUGUCUGUCCCAGCUUAGGCCAGUUGAACCAACCCCAUGUCUCUGCUGUGCUGACCUCACCCGGUCAUCAUUCCAAUGGGAGGAAAAAACUGAAUGGUGCUUGCUGGCUGAAAGCUUUUUAUUAUUCAUUUCAUACGGAAUUGAGCUUUUUUGGGGGUGGGGGGGUCGGCGGUCGGCAGACUGAAUUGUUGAUGACAAGCCCUAUACAGUAUGUUGUUGGCUCUCUCAAGGAAUAGCACAGGUGUUCUUUCCUUUCCACAUUCAGUAAAAUAGUAUGCAACAAAAUGGAUGAGUCUGUAGGGAUGGAACUCCCACCUGUGUGGGUAUCCCAUGCGGUUACAGUUUACAAAUAGUAAAUACAUCAAAUGGAAUUUAAAAGUUAAUAUUUGAAACAUGUAUUAUAUUGCCUAUAUGUCUCCUUUUGCCAGUCUUGUAAAUUCAAUUGUCUACCUACUCAAAGUGAAGCAGUUGUUUAUUUUAACAAAACCUGAUGUUUUAAAGCCAUUUUUGGAUGCUUCGCUAAAAACAUAUUUAUGUAUAUUUAUGGUUUUAUUGGUUGUGUCGUUUUUUUUUGGUGCUAUGAAUAUCUGAUCCCCUGACAUUUAUGAUCAGUCAGUAUUUAAAAGGGGGCAUACUGUAACUAAAUGCAUCUCAAAUGACACCCUAUUCCAUAUUUAGUGCACUACUUUUGACCAGAGCACUAUCUAGGGAAUCGUGUCAUUUGGGAUGCAUAUAACAGUACAGUGCCUCAGCUCAGAUGAAGGGGAACUCCAUUUGACUCAAGCAAUAUGAGUACAGAAUGUCAUUCACCAAGCAUCUCGUUGAUAGGGAGCUUGCACUCACACUCUAAAUAUAGACCAUCUUGAGACAAUUAUCAUAAUGCAACAUUGAUGUUUCAUUUAGUUUUUUUAAAUCCCUGUUCCUUCCUUACAAGUCUGCUGGAAAGAAUUGUGCAACAUCUGUGAAUUGGUCUCCAGUUUUGCCUAAAGUAAAUUAAUAUAAAAGCUCUCGUUGACUGAA